CCAGGCAACAGUUCCACAGCUAACAUUGAUUCUGAUGGUCGGUAAGAGUGAACGCAGCGCGGAAGAAGUCCCCACGGUUCUGCUGGAGUUACUCGGCACCGUCGCAUAUCUCAUAACCCCAUUCCUUGGCUACCGGAAUUCACUAAUGCGUAAUGUGAUUCUCACAAUUAACAUGAAAGGACGUGACGAGAAUCAACGGUUGCUGCUAUUAAAACGCCUUGCCAGAUACCGUAUUCUUCCAAGCAGUAUCUAAACUCGUGUAGCAACCGAAAUGUCAUCGUAAUACCUCGAUUGGAUGAGAUUGAAUUUUUGGGACGCUUGGCAAGAUCGGUGAGCAGUCAGUUGUCAAAUGACACUUAAGGGGCGCCUUUAUAUGAGUUAUGUCCAAUAGAGAGCGGGUGAUUGAAAAUUACUGAUUACAACGCGGUUAGAUCAUUCCAUUUUCCAUAAAUCACUUUUGGCUGCGUGCAGAUAUAGGCCGGUAGGCCUUCAUUCAGUGUGUGUGUCAAUACUGACUACGAGUACAGAAGACAGUCAUCAAUUGGUCAUUGAGACGGUCUAGAGAAUGUAAUUACUCAAUGCCAUCUGUUAAGACGAAGAUGUCAACUUUGAUUUUCUUCAUCCAAGCUGACAACAAAGCGCGCGGGACUGUCUUCAUCGUUACUUGACAAGUUAAUGAAGAAACUCAAGAGGGUGUCUGACAGGUGGACUAACUCCACCGUCGGACAACUUUUCUGUUUACGUGUGCUACUUCUAUGUACAAUUUCUACAAACAUAAAAACACCGUAACAUUCCUGAUCUCCGCAUCAGUAACAGUUACAUUAGCGCUACCGCAGGGACAGUUGUCUGCCGCCCGAGAUCGUCCGCUGCGAUGCAGACUCAAAUUUAAUUUCCUGAUAACGGGGCUGAGCGGCUGCUCUCUGUCACCGUGCGGUAUUCGGUAGGAGGAAUAUUGCUUUCUGCUGGUGAAGUAUUUGUCCGAGAGGUAUUGGGCAUGCUGUUACAACCCUUCAGCUCCUGAAAGUUAAGGGAGGGCCUCUGCACCGGGCAGCCACAAGAAGGUAUACGGAACAAGCCUUUUUGUUGUUGGAAUUCUCAAGCUGACGUGACAGGCUGUCUCAUAGCCGUCAACGCCAUGGGCAAGGCCUAAACAGAGUAAUGUUAUCCACGAACCGAACUGUGAACGCCAACGGUGACUUUAGAGGGAAGUCCAAGUUGAAAUCCUUUGAUGUCGGUGUGAACACGGAGGAGAGCUCCAUUACUGUAAUAAAUAUACUGGCUACCCGCCCCAUUAGAGAUGUGAAUCUCUUCUCCCUGAAGAAGACCGUCGCUCUCGCCCUGUUUGACAUCACCGUUCUGGCCGCGAACACAGCACAGGUCAAGUUCGUGCGGCACAAUUACAAUGAAGAGGACCUGGGAGUGUACAGGUUCACCAUGGUCAUGUUGGGACUGUCCAUCAUCCUCCUUGUGGCGACCGCCGCCGUCUUACUCUACAUGGCCACCUUCAACAUAGAGCGAGACAACAUAUACGAGACCGUCGGGCGGAAAGCUCACAUAACAAACGAUAUCAUUGCUUCACUGGUUUUGGUGAUCACCAUUGUCAAUGUUCUUGUGGCUGUGUUUGGCUGUGAACCAAAGGCAUGGCCCUCCUAAAGCUGUAUGCGUGUGGUGUAGACACGGUGUUUGCUAUUGGUACCGUUUUCUUGCUAUUAUUAUUUCCCCAAUUAAUACACUAAUACGAGUUCCAAGGCAAACAUCUUAUCUUAGAUACAGCAUAGUAAAAGAAGUGGCCGGGAUUAUCAAAUUGUUCUC